AAUGUGCGAGGGGCGUGAUGACAGCGACUGCCGCCGGCCUCUUUGCGCAACACCUUCGCCAUAUAUACAGCCGGGGCGCAGCUGCGCUCCACCUGGGCGCCUCCUGCAGUCCCGCACCUGCGAAGGGAGCGCUGACCAUGGCUCCUUGGCCAGAGUUGGAAAAUGCCCAGCCCAACCCCAAUAAAUACAUCGAAGGGAGUUCAAGUCCACAGUCAGCCUCCACCGCCAAGGACAAGGACAUCAUCCAAAAUGGCAGUGGGACUCCAGUACCCAAGAUUGAGCUUUUGCCUUCCUACUCCACGGUAUCCCUGGUCGAGGAGACCACUGAUGUGGACCCCUGGGAUCUGCCCGAGCUCCGAGACACUGGAGUCAAGUGGUCAGAGAGAGACACCAGAGGGAAGAUUCUCUGUAUCUUCCAAGGGAUAGGGAAAUUCAUUCUGCUCCUGGGCUUUCUCUACUUGUUUGUCUGCUCCCUGGACGUCCUCAGCAGUGCCUUCCAAUUGGUUGGAGGAAAGAUGGCUGGGCAGUUCUUCAGCAACAACUCCAUCAUGUCCAACCCCGUGGCAGGCCUGGUGAUUGGGGUGCUGGUGACAGUCAUGGUGCAGAGCUCUAGCACUUCCUCAUCCAUCAUCGUCAGCAUGGUGGCCUCCUCAUUGCUGACCGUGCGGGCUGCCAUCCCCAUCAUCAUGGGGGCUAACAUUGGGACAUCUAUCACCAACACCAUCGUGGCACUCAUGCAAGCAGGAGACCGGAGUGAGUUCAGAAGGGCUUUCGCAGGGGCCACUGUCCACGACUUCUUCAACUGGCUGUCUGUGUUGGUGCUGCUGCCCCUGGAGGCCAUCACCCACUACCUGGAGCUCCUGACCAACCUCGUGGUGGAGUCCUUCCACUUCAAGAAUGGAGAGGAUGCCCCAGCCCUUCUGAAAGUCAUCACAGAUCCCUUCACAAAGCUUAUUAUCCAGCUGGAUAAAAACGUCAUCCACCAAAUUGCAAUGAAUGAUCCUUCAGCCCAAAACAAGAGUCUGGUCAAGACUUGGUGCAAAACUUUUACCAAUGUGACUGAGAUGAAUGUCACUGUCCCCUCGCCGGUCAACUGCACUUCCCCUUCCCUCUGUUGGACGGAUGGCAUCCAUACCUGGACCAUCAAGAAUGUGACCCACAAGGAGAACAUUGCCAAAUGCCAGCACAUCUUUGUGAAUUUCAACCUCCCUGAUCUUGCUGUGGGUCUCAUCCUGCUCACCGUCUCUCUGCUGGUCCUCUGCGGCUGCCUGAUCAUGAUCGUCAAGCUCCUGGGCUCUGUGCUCAAAGGGCAGGUGGCUGUGAUCAUCAAGAAGACCCUCAACACAGAUUUCCCCUUUCCCUUCGCGUGGGUGACUGGCUACCUGGCUAUCCUGGUGGGAGCCGGCAUGACCUUCAUUGUGCAGAGCAGCUCCGUGUUCACGUCCGCUCUGACUCCGCUGAUUGGCAUUGGGGUGAUAAGCAUCGAGCGCGCGUAUCCUCUCACGCUGGGCUCCAACAUCGGCACCACCACCACUGCCAUCCUGGCUGCCUUAGCCAGCCCAGGUGACACACUGAAGAGUUCGCUCCAGAUCGCCCUGUGCCACUUUUUCUUCAACAUCUCCGGCAUCUUGCUGUGGUACCCGAUCCCCUUCACCCGCCUGCCCAUCCGCCUGGCCAAGGGCCUGGGUAACAUCUCGGCCAAGUACCGCUGGUUCGCCGUCUUCUACCUGAUCUUCUUCUUCUUCCUGACCCCGCUGGCGGUGUUCGGCCUGUCGCUGGCUGGCUGGCCCGUGCUGGUGGGCGUGGGGGUGCCCAUCGUCCUGCUGCUACUGCUGGUGGUCUGCCUCCGCAUGCUGCAGGCUCGCUGCCCGCGCAUCCUGCCGCUCCGGCUCCGGGACUGGAACUUCCUGCCCACGUGGAUGCACUCGCUGAAGCCCUGGGACCGCUACAUCUCCCUGGCCACCACCUGCUUCCAGAGGCGCUGCUGCUGCUGCUGCCGCGUGUGCUGCCGCGUGUGCUGCAUGGUGUGCGGCUGCAACAAGUGCUGCCGCUGCAGCAAGUGUUGCGAGGACCUGGAGGAGGCGCCGGAGGACCGGGCCAUCCCUGUCAAGGCUCCCGAGGCCUUUGACAACCUAGCCAUGAGCAGAGAGGGCCUGGACGGGGGCACGGCCCAAGUGGACACCCUGGACAUGAAGACCAUUACCCUCAGCACCGCCUUCUAAGCUGCCUGAGAAGUAGGGAGGACCCGAGACCCACCCGAGGAAGCGGGGGGGGGGGGUGGGGAGGGUGACCUCCACCCCCUUUGUCCUUCCCCCGGCCUAGGAUGGCAGCUUGUAGGUCAGCCUCAUCCCGACCUCUCGCUCCCUUGCUCUUUCCCUCCCAAAAGGCGUAGGGAGAAUUAGAACCCAAGCCCGGCUAGACCAAUGACCAAGACCACUCCUCAGGACACACUACUAGAUCUGUUGUUAAACUUUCAGCAUCUUCCUUGGAAAGGAAAGGUCCAAAUCAAGGAUUCAGGAAGGUUCUCCAAGGGCCUCUCUAAGGGUUUGUGUAUAUAUGUGUGCAAAGCUCUCCUUUAUGGUGGUGAAGCCCAGGCCUCUCUUUAAUCCGAUGGCCUCACUGUACGAGCAGCUGCUCCGGGAAAGCAAUGGAUGUUGGGAGACUGGACCAGGUGUGGGGCUUCCCAUCUGAUUCCCAGUGCUCCCCCAGUCCCAGGAAGGGUUUCCUUGCCUGGCAGGUGUGACUCCCUGCAUCCCUGGGCUUCUAGGAUGGGAGCCACAUCUGGGCUGUGCUUGGCACCCCUGUUGCUCUCCUCUGAGGGGUGGGGCAUUUGGGGAGAUAGUUCUCAAGGCAUUCUGCCAGAAAGCUUCAUCUGCCCCAGGAGCCCAGGGUGUGGCUGGGUAUCCACCAAACCAGGAUUGUGAAGUUCCAUAGGGGUAGCUGUAGUUCAGGGGACGUACUCCUCAU